CCGAUGGCGGGGAUCCGCAACCUCCGUGUUCCGCGGAGACCUGGCCACUCUUGCUGACUCACCGUUGCCGCCACCGCUCACUUCGAUCAUGCAAAUCGGGUCAUCUGCAAUCGCAUCCCCACGAUUGGGGAGACAACGAAUCUCCGUGGACUACGGAUCCGUAGACUGGCGAAAACCGCAUAAUAGCCUUCCGAUCUCACGGCUAUGCCCGCCCUCCUACAGUUCACGUAACUCUGUCAAUUGGAAGGAUGGCACUGCCUGUGCGUUGCGUCACUCGCAGUCUCCGGGCCGGCGCGCUGCAGAUACCAAGGCCGCAUCGGACCGUCAAGUCGCAAGCGAGGCGUAUUACUUCGGAAUCGCCCGCUGUUCAGACACCCGAACAUGUGCCGCCACAGCGCCCUCUCUUGUUAGCAACCCAGCCCGGCGCUCUCAUACAGGAUCCGAAUCAGGAUGGCUCUGUACCCUCCCGUAGGGACCGCAUCCGGGACGCCAAGCCCUAUUCCGACUUCCUCACCGACACCUUCCACCGUCAACACGAUUACCUGCGUAUCUCGGUCACGGAGCGGUGCAAUCUGAGAUGCCUGUACUGCAUGCCAGAGGAAGGCGUGCCGCUAUCGCCACCAAAGGAGUUACUUACAACGCCCGAAAUCGUCAUGUUGUCGUCUCUCUUCGUCUCACAAGGCGUGACCAAGGUUCGGCUUACUGGAGGCGAGCCAACCGUCCGACGGGACAUUGUGCCUCUGAUGCAGCAAAUCGGAGCACUGCGCGCCCAUGGCCUGCGCGAGCUGUGCCUGACCACCAACGGUCUCUCGCUGCACCGCAAGCUGGAGCCCAUGGUUGACGCUGGGCUGACGGGCGUCAACCUCUCGCUCGAUACGCUGGAUCCAUGGCAGUUCCAGCUGAUGACGCGACGCGCAGGGUUCGGCGCUGUCCAGAAGACCAUCGAUCGGAUCUUUGAGCUGAAUCGGGCGGGUGCAGGCAUCAAGUUUAAGAUCAACUGCGUCGUCAUGCGUGGGCUGAACGAUCGUGAGAUCCUCCCGUUCGUGGAGCUGACGCGCGAGAAGAAAGUCGAGGUGCGCUUUAUCGAGUACAUGCCGUUUGACGGCAACAAGUGGAGUGAGGGCAAGAUGUUUAGCUAUCAGGAGAUGCUGGACCGGAUCCGUUCUCGGUACCCGGACUUGCAGCGUGUCAAGGGCCACAAGAAUGACACCAGCAAGACCUUCCAGGUCCCCGGCUUUGUGGGCAAACUUGGUUUCAUCACGAGCAUGACCAACAACUUCUGCGGGACGUGCAACAGACUUCGCAUCACGAGCGACGGAAAUCUGAAGGUAUGCCUAUUUGGCAAUGCCGAGGUCUCCCUGCGAGACAUUAUACGAAAAGUGAACCGAGGCGACCCUAUCGAUGACGCGGCUUUUAAGGCGUUGGAGCAGGCAGCAUUGGAAAGGAUAGGCAGGCUGCCGCCGUCUAGCUCUCAAUCACUGGUGGUACCAAAUUCGGAGGAGCUGCUCAACGUCAUCGGCAUGGCUGUCAAGCGGAAGAAGGAGAAACACGCUGGCCUCGGAGAGCUAGAGCACAUGAAGAACAGGCCAAUGAUAUUGAUCGAUUCAACAACGUCAUCCCAACGCCGUCUCCAAAGUUACCCGCGGCGGUCUCAAUUCGGAUUCUCACCAACCUUCCGCCCACCCGGUAGACUCCUAUUCCCUCUCCCAAGCGUUACAGCCGCCAACCAAAUCACCGCCGGGGAACUCCGACUCUUCUCGACCACCACCCGGCGACACCUCCCUAACGACGACGAUGAGAAGCUCAAACUAACCCACGUCACCGCCUCGGGUGCAGCACAUAUGGUGUCCAUCUCCGAGAAACCCCCCACCAAACGUAUCGCCAGAGCAAAAUGCACCGUCCGUUUCUCCUCGCCCACCCCGCUCGCCCUCAUCCGCGACAACCAGAUCAAAAAGGGCGACGUGCUCGGCGUGGCGCGCAUCGCGGGCAUCAUGGCGGCCAAGCGCACGCCAGAACUUAUCCCGCUAUGUCACCCCGUCGCGCUGACGCAUGCCGAGGUGACACUCGUGCCGCGCAGCAGCAGCAGCAGCAACAGCAGCAGCAGUGGGGAUGGGGAAGGGAAGGGGGAAAGGGAGCAGGAGGAGGGCGGGAGGGAUGAGAUUGAGAUUACGGCUACCGUCUCGUGCGACGGCAAGACGGGCGUCGAAAUGGAGGCGCUUACUGCCGCUGGGGCGGCUGCGCUGACCGUGUUUGAUAUGUGCAAGGCGGUGGAUACGGGGAUGGUUAUUGAGGGGUUGAGGGUGGUCCUAAAGGAGGGUGGGAAGAGUGGGCGGUGGGUUGAGGAGGAGAAGGUUGAGUGAUGGUGUUUUGGUGUAUGCGGUUAAUAAGAGAGGAAGAGCAUGCUUGCUUGGAAAAAGGGUCAGGGAUAGGUCAAGGACAUGAAGACGACACUCGAUCUUCGUUUCAGUUGCUAGAAGCAGGUGACCUAAUACGGAUUCGGGGAUUCUUAUAAAUCUUAGCUGGAAAUCCAUACCCCCGUG